UGCAGGAAGUGGCAACCUGGAAGUUGAUUUCGGAAAAGGUUAGCUGGAGUUUUUCUUUCAACUGCUCUGAAUUGUUGCUGACUGACUUUCUCCGUGUUCCUGCACACACGUGACCACCACCAUGUCUCGUGCCCACCAGCCCCCCCUGGUGACGGGCAUCUCACCCAACGAGGGCACCUCAUGGACCAAGGUCACCAUCCGAGGAGAGAACCUGGGCACUGGCCCCGCAGACCUAGUUGGUCUCUCCAUCUGUGGUCACAACUGCCUGCUGACGGCUGAGUGGAUGUCAGCCAGUAAAAUAGUGUGUCAUGUGGGCCCGGCCAAAGACGAUAAGGGAGAGAUCAUCGUCAGCACCAAGUCAGGAGGACACGGCACCUCCACCGUCUCCUUCAAACUGCUCAAGGCUGAGAAGAUCGGUAUCCUGGACCAGUCUGCUGUGUGGGUGGAUGAGAUGAACUAUUACGACAUGAGAACCGACCGCAACAAAGGCAUCUCUCCCCUCUCCCUACGACCCAGCAAUCCAUUGGGCAUCGACGUAGACAAGGGUAAGGUCCCUCUGAAAGAUCUGGAGGCCAUGUUCCCAGGGGUGAGUGGGGAUUUCACCAGCGAGAACUUCUCAGCCACCUGGUACCUCAUCGAGAACCACUCUGUCACCAGUUUUGACCAGUUGCGUAUGGCAGCCAGUAACCUGAAGAAGCAGGCCACUAAGAAAAAUGAGGGCAGUCUGGCCUACGUGAAGGGAGGCCUCAGCACCUUCUUUGAGGCACAGGAUGCCCUCGCAGGGUUGACAGAACUUGGCUCUCAUGAUGCAGCGAUCCACCAGAGGUUGGAGUCUGAUGGGACAGAGAAGGUGGAGGGCUCCAUGACACAGCGCCUGGAGAACGUCCUCAACAGAGCCAGUGAUACAGCAGACACUCUGUUCCAGGAGGUGUUGGGGAGGAAGGAUAAAGCUGACUCAACACGUAACGCCCUCAACGUCCUGCAGCGCUUCAAGUUCCUCUUCAACCUGCCGUUCAACAUAGAGCGCAACAUACACAAGGGAGAUUAUGAUGUGGUGAUCAACGACUAUGAGAAAGCCAAGUCUCUGUUUGGGAACACUGAGGUCCCAGUCUUUAAAAAAGUGUAUGCCGAGGUGGAGACUAGGAUCGGGGCUCUGAGGAGUCUGCUACUGGACAAACUACUGGAGACACCAUCAACCUUGCAUGACCAGAAGAGAUACAUCAGGUAUCUGUCUGACCUGCAUGCACCAGGGGACCCUGCCUGGCAGUGUAUCUACGCCCAGCACAAGUGGAUCCUCGGACUGAUGCAGAACUGCAAGGAGGAGUUUAUCAAUGACCAGAGAGUGGGGUUGGGGGCCAUAACCCUGGAUCUAGAGGGGGACCCUCGCCCGUCGGCCCUCAGUAGGAUCAGGGACACAGCUUCUCUGAAGAGGGGGGGCAGUCUGCAUACCCCCCACCCCAGCACCUGGCGUUAUGAGACGCCCCAGCAGGUGCAGUUUGUGGAGAAGCUGUCGGACGUGGUGAUUGGCCAGCUGCCCAACUUCUGGAAGCUCUGGAUCUCUUAUGUCAAUGGUAGCCUCUUCAGCGAGACUGGUGAGAAAUCUGGCCAGGUGGAGAAAUCAAAGAAGAAUGCCAGACAGAGACAGAAUGACUUUAAGAAAAUGAUUGAGGAGGUGACCCAUCGCUUGGUGAAGCUGGUGAGAGGUGCUCUCCUCCCCUCUACUCUGACAGAGCUGGAACUGAGGCUAUAUGGGGGCUGGGAGAGUAAGACUGAACUCACUGGACCCUGGCUCACACAGGUCAUACACACUGUCAGAAUCAUUUUUGAAGCUCUGGUUGCUCUGGAGAUCCCUAAUGAUCUGCUGCAGGUGAUCCAGGAUCUACUGUUGGAGCUGAGACACCACUGUCUACUGGUCACCCUGCACCACACCGCAGAGGAUAUCAAAAGGCUUGCAGAGAAGGAGGACUGGGUCGUAGACAAUGAAGGAAUCACCAGCCUGCCAGCCCAGUUUGAGCAGUGCAUGGUACAGAUGCUGCAGUCACUCAAAGAACCCAUGGAGACCAAACCUGGGGAGGUCAAUAUCCUCCAGUUGGAUCAGGCCCAAGACCAGGUCUCAGAGCUCUGUGUGGACAUCAUGAGGGUGUUCGUCAACUGCCUGGAGCAGCUGAGCGCUAAAACAAAUGGAGACAUCGACACUUCACAUAUAUCCUUGGACCUGGCCUCUCCAGACCUGUUCAGUGGCAUUCAGGAGGACUUCUGUGCAACACCGGAGCAGCGUCUGCUGAUCAUCCUAAGUAACUGUCAGUACCUGGAGAAACACACCUUCUUUAACAUGGCUGAACACUUUGAGAAACACGGCUUCACCGGGACUGACAAGAUCACACAGGUGAGUGUGCACGCAGUGAAGGAGCUGGAUGAGAGUCUGUUUGAUGCGUACAUCGAGAGGAAGUCAGAUCCCAUCGUAGGAUCCCUAGAACCAGGCAUCUACGCUGGAUACUUCGACUGGAGGGACUGCAGUACACCUACAGGUGUGAGGAACUACCUGAAGGAAGCCUUGGUCAACAUCAUCACUGUUCAUGCUGAGGUCUUCACAGUGUCAAGGGAGCUAGUUCCCAGGGUUCUGACUAGAAUCGUUGAUGGUGUGGCAGAGGAGAUGACCCGUCUCAUGCAGUGUGUGUCCUACUUCAGCAUGAACGGAGCCAUACAGGCCCGUUUGGAGAUCAGUGCUCUGAGAGAUGCUGUAGCCUCCUACCUGUCAUCUGAGAGCCACGCCAGCUUCAAGCAGGCUCUGGAGGCCCUCCCCCAGUUACACAGUGGAGCAGACCAAAAGUUACUUGAGGAGUUGCUAAAUAAGUUUAAGAGCAGUAUGCACCUCCAGCUCACCUGUUUCCAGCCCUCUAAUGUCCAGCCUGUCAAGAGAUGAGCCAAACGUCUGUACAUCUCUUCAACAUUAAUAAAAUGUCAUUAUAGUAUCUCUAUAAAAUAAUUUGCAAUGCCUAUUUACUUGUCUCGAUAAGCUUUCACAGCCUUUUCAAUUGUUAUAAGAUCUAUAGUAGACUGGAAAUGAGCCUUUUCUCACAAUAAUCACAUUUUUUAUCUUAGAUAUGUAUGCUAAUUUGCUGAGGGGCAAUUCCACGGUAACGGAAUUACGCUUUAACUCAGUUAUUUCACCUUAAAAUGUAUGGCAAAAAAAAAAAAGAUUUCAAAAGUUUAACAAACCCUACUACUCUAUGCACAGGGACUACUUUUAACAAUUUCCACUGAAAAAAAAUAUUAAUUUAGUGGAAGAACUGUGCAUAUGCAAACUUUGGUAACGGUAAAAUCUCCCUCAGGUUUUUAUGCAACGUUUUCCAAAAAGGUUUUCCAAAAACUCUUAAAUAUCUGCUCCUAAUUAAGAUUCAAAGAUGUCUGUGUCAGCUAUGACAUGACAUCUUGAGUUUGAUAAAAUCUAAUUUGGUUAUUGAAAUACAGUAAGUGAAGUGGAUUUAGACCUGGUAACAGAAUUAAAGUAAUGAAUGAAAUUACGUUGUGGGUCUCUGAUCUGUACUAUACAGAAAUGUAUUCACCUCUUGUUUCACAAGUUUGGACAUCACAGCACAGUUAAGUACAGUAAAGCACAAUAAAGCAGAGUAGAGUAUAGUUAAGUGCAGUACAGUAGAGUUCAGUACAGUGCAGUACAGUACAGUAGAGUAGAGUACAGU